AUGAUGGAUGAAAGGGGUGAGACAAGAGAUCGUGAUGUCGGUGGCGAUGAAGAUGCCGUCUCGCCUCUUAAACUUUCAGACUUCAACUCAUAUCUGAAAAUAAAAAAAAAUGCGGUGUUCCCUCGUUUGCCCUCGUACGCCCGUCCAUCAAACACACACCCGCCUCCGAUCUCCUCCCAAAUCCGACCAUCUCCAGCGCCGAUAAUCUCCUCUCACCUCCUCCGAUCGUCGAUGUCGCAUAGCAUCGCCGCCCCCAUCGUCGAUCUCAUACAGACGAGUUUCUCACAGCUUCUGAUAUUGACUCCUACCACCAAGGUCAGACCUCCGAAGUUCAGUGCUGGUAUCCUCCCUCGACAGCGCCGGCGACCGCCACUGAACCUCCAUCACACACCAGAUGCCAAGGCUAUAGCUCCUGAGGUGUUGUCUAACAAAGGGUAUGAUGGAGGGACAUCUGAUACUUGGUCUUGUGGUUUCAUCUGA